UUGGCGACGGAGUGGAACCGGAAUGAUGGAGGAGCGAUGGCGAAGCACAGAAUGAAUUAUGUGAGAAUCAGUCGGUGUCGCUGCUCCGGGCGUUUACUCUGAGCUUUUAGAGCGAUUUUUGAACAUUUUUAUCUUCUUCUUGUUGAUUUGUUCCCGUUCAGGAUGGAAACUGUAGCUAGUUAGCUUAAAUGUUAGCCGGAACAGCGCUGCCUGCAAACACAACAGUGCACGGGUGGAAGACGUGCGCUCGGUUUAUUCACAGCAGCAGCCCGAGCCGCUAACUCAGAAAUACUCCCUUCAGUCAAAGUGUGAGUCCCCGCCCAGCUGGGAAGGAUGAGUGCUGAAGCAGCCGACCGGGUGGCUGCUGUGACCAGCGGUCGGCCCAGUACGCCUCUGCAGACGUCCUGGUUUGAGUUCCUCUUGGACGGCAGCCUGCUGGAGAAACACCUGCAGAAAUCAAAUGCAGACCCGACUCCGGUGCAUCUGAUCGUCCAGUUCCUGGAGCAGGCGUCCAAACCGUCGGUGAACGAGCAGAAUCAGGUUCAGCCUCCAGCAGACAACCGCAGGAACCGAACCCUGAAGCUGCUGGCGCUGAAGGUCGCCGCACACAUGAAGUGGGACCUGGAUUCACUGGAGAAAGGACUGACCAUCCCAGUGUUGAACAUGCUGCUGAAUGAGCUGCUGUGUGUCAGCAAAGUGCCUCCAGGUGUGAAACAUGUGGAUCUGGAUCUGUCCACUCUGCCUCCGACCACCGCCAUGGCAGUGAUCAUCUACAACCGCUGGGCCAUCAGAACCAUCGUGCUGAGCAGCUUUCCAGAGAAACAAACCAAACCAGGACCUCAUCAGAUAAACAUGUUAAAUAUCGUUCAGCAAGAGAAAGAAAUGACAGAAAACAUCCUGACUGUGCUGAAGGAGCAGGCGACCGACUCCAUCACCGUCCUGGAAGGAGCUCUGCAGCUGAAGAAGGACUUCUACGUCCACACUCUGAGGACUCUGGACCUGCUGGCCGCUGACGCUGCCGCUAACGGAGAAACCGAAUCCUCCACAGCCGGGCUUCGAAUCAGCGCCGAUGACCUGCACUGUCAGGUGCAUUAUGAUCUGGGAGGUAUUUUCUUCCAACAAGGCUGCACCGACCAGCCAACCUAUGAGAAGGCCAGAGAUCACUUCAGACAGACCAAGGAGCUCUUGAAGAAGCUGGACUCGACCGUCCACGUCCACCUGGACGAGAAGCGUCUGGCCGGUUACUGGAACGCCUGCAGAGCUCUGACCGGAGACUGUGACCCCUGCGACCCCCAGACGACCCCCUACGACCAGAUCAACAGCCUGAUCCGAGCCCACAACCACCAGGCCGUCAUGGAAGCCUUCAUCAAAGACAACGUGUCCCGCAGUUUACCGAACCACUUCAGACGCUCGGUUCUCAGAGAGUUCUUGUACAAAGUCCAGCAGGGAAAGCCGUGCACUGCUUGUUUCUUCAGAGCUUUAAACUGGAACAAUCUUCCUCGUGCAAUUUAAGAGUUCCCCCUCCACUGACAUUUGUAGGACAAAUCUCAAGACAUGCAUGUUUUCAAUGGCUUUUGGUAGUUUUUAAUGUUCUUAAAUUGUAGUAUUUUAUAUUUAUUUUAUCCUAGAAUUUGAUCUUACAAGUUGCGAUCCUGUUUUGCCUUGUUUUAGUAUUUUGUAGUUUUGUUUUCUUUCAUAAAAUGAUUUUAUAAUUACUCCUCCAAGGAAGAUAGUGGAGUUACGAUGAUUAGUGUACGUUUGUCCGUCCAUCUGUCUGUCUGUCAGCAACAUUACUCAAAAACAGACUCAUGAAUUUGGAUGAAAUUUUCAGGGAAGGUCAGAAAUGACACAAGGACCAAUUUUAUCAGUGAUGCAGCUUAUAGUCUGGAUCCACAGAUUUGUUAAAUAUUUUUGUAUCAUUGCCAGAUAGCGGCACGGCGUCACUGUAACCAUGACAACCAGUGAACACUACGUCAGCUGCCUGCUGAUGAUCACAUGAUUGUGAUUCUACUACAAAUCCACCACUGAGGACUUAUCAGGACAUAUCCAUCAGAAAUGAUACAAAGAACAACUGAUUAAAUUGUGGGGGUGUUUCUGAGUCCCAUUAAUUCCCGCCGCUAUGGAAUAAAUUUCCUAUCAUAAUUCAAGAGCAUUUUAAAUUGAUCUGAGGGCAGCAUUUAUCGAUUUCAUUCUCAGAUUUCGUGAUAUUGUCUCUCAGAACUCUGCUCUCGCGCUCAAACUUGCUCUGCGCGUGCUCAAACUGUGUCCUCGCACUCGGUUACGAUGCUGCUCGCGCAGAUUUCUUGCGCUCCAACUCAAACUCUUCCUCUUGCGCUGACGGAACUUACAAGACUUUUCAUUUUGGAAUUUGAGAAACACUAAUGGACAUUUUUCAGCAUUUUGUUGCAUUUUAAAGAUCAAACAAUUAAUAAAUUAAUGCAAAAAUAAUAAUUAAAAAAUUAAUGGACACUAAAAUGAAUCAUUAGAUGCAGCCCUAUUAAAACUAAACUUACCGGCCACAAAUCAAAUGCAAUUAAAUACAGCAGGAUCAUAACAGAACUGGAGGACAUUUUAUGUCCCAUUCAUCAAAUUUCAAAUAAUCCAUGUCCAAAAUACUAAAACAUGCAGUUGUUGUUUAAAUGUUCUUGUCCUGAGACCAAAUCUUUAAAAACAAUAAAUAAAUCGGAGAAUGUUUAUAAAGAAUUUAAAAAACCAAAUAAGUCUGGAGUUUCCCCUAAAAUUCCAUUUUUCUCUUGUCCCACCCCCCUGAUGACCAAAUUGAAUGUCAAAUAAAACUGUUAAUAUUAAAUGUAAUAUUAACUGUAUAUACAUCUAGUGUAUUAAUAUCUCUUUAACGUGUGUUUUCUCU